CAAUCCAACUAUCGCGAGAACACACAUUGUCACGGCACUUGCUCAUCGCGAGACUAUCAUCCAGUCCUCCGCCUGAGUCCAGCUGCCUUCCUGCCGUUGACGGUUCUGUUGCAGUUGAGGUGAGAGCUGCCAGCCAUCAUGGGGAACAUCUUUGGCAAUCUGUUAAAGAGCCUGAUAGGCAAGAAGGAGAUGAGGAUCCUCAUGGUGGGGCUGGACGCUGCUGGGAAAACCACCAUCCUCUACAAGCUGAAGCUUGGGGAGAUUGUUACCACCAUCCCCACAAUCGGUUUCAAUGUAGAGACUGUGGAGUACAAGAACAUCAGCUUCACCGUGUGGGAUGUGGGUGGCCAGGACAAGAUCCGUCCCCUGUGGCGGCACUACUUCCAGAACACCCAGGGUUUGAUCUUUGUGGUGGACAGCAAUGAUCGCGAGCGGGUGAACGAAGCUCGGGAGGAACUGAUGAGGAUGCUGGCUGAGGACGAGCUGCGGGACGCCGUUCUUCUCAUCUUUGCCAACAAACAGGACUUGCCCAAUGCCAUGAAUGCGGCAGAGAUCACAGACAAGCUGGGCCUGCACUCCCUACGCCACCGUAACUGGUACAUUCAGGCCACCUGUGCCACCAGUGGCGACGGCCUCUACGAGGGGCUGGACUGGCUGGCCAAUCAGCUGAAGAACAAGAAGUGAAGAGUCUGGUCUGAAGCGGGGACGAGCCCGUGUGCCAGCUCCUUGUGGUGGUUAUAGCGGAUCCAUUGGGUUUACAUGGAGGGGCGGUGCCGAAAAGCUCCCAGGAGGAGACAAUUUAAUUCUCCUUUCUUUUUUAAUAGUUUAAUUUGUUUGGAUCUGCGGUGAGCGUUUUUAAAUAUUCAUAAAUGGUGUUGAGUUUGACCUAAAUCACUUACAUUCUUUAUGCUGAAUACAUAAUUAUUGGGACGUAAUGGUAUAAUGUUACUGUAAAGACAUGUACGUCCCCUAAUGUCUCCUUAACCCCUUGACCUACAUCAUCUUUUAUUUGUUCAGAAAUGUGAUGAUGUAGGCCCAUGAUGGCCGAGCAACCGCAAGAUACUUAAUGUAAAUGAUAAAGAAUGUCAUAAUAGUAUAGUUGGAGUACUUCUACUAUCUCAGAAUAAUAUCACAUCGUUAAAAAAAGGUAUACUUAUAAAGGCUCAGAUAAAUGUGAAGUUGUCCUUUUCUGUCCAUACUUGUGUUUUAACACCAAAUCAUGCGAUUCAGAGCUCAAUCUGCAAAAAUAAACACAUUUCAAUAUGUGUUUAUUAGAAUUCUACUUAUUUUAUCAAACACAACACCAGAUGACAUACUCUUUUUAGUCUUAAAGAUUUCAUAUUUAGGUCAACAUGUAUUUCUUUAUUUAUCUGUAAGUUUGUUUACUGGUUUUAUUAUAUAAUUAUUUAUGUGUAUGCAUCAAGUGCUUUUCUUUUGUAUCUGUGCAUAUACUUUUAAGGCAGCUGCGGAUAAAAGGUGUCCUGUUAUCACUGUACAUUACCCGCUCAUAACCUGCAUGGAGACAUCCCAGUGCUGGCUCAUGUGCUUAUAAGAGCUGUGAACUACUCCAGGCCGCUGCUGUGAAUAAAGAUUUGCGCUAAGUUGACUCGCCUUGGCUCAAUAAGGGUUAAAACAUUUUGUCUGGUGCCAGUGAGAUUUGGUAGCUGAUACGGAUGAUAGAACAUGGGCACUGUACCGGCUCCAUGGCUUUGGGGAAAAAAAUGCUGCUAUUGGCCUGUGGGUAUUGAUGCAGCAGAGCAUGUAAUUGGCAAUAUCAGAGCGCUAACAUGAUUUUUGAAUGUUCAUUUUUAAGUCAGUUUGUGCGAGUAGCUGCGCUAUAUCCCUGCAAAGAACUCACAUUGCCUGUCAUUCUGACUUAUUCAUCCCUAGUUGACGUGACAUUAUAAGCCUUUCCUGUGUUAACCGUAUUUCUGUGCAUUAUGUUGCACAAAAUAUCCUGAUGCAUUAAUAGCUGUACAAAAUGUAAUGUCUGUUUUUCUCUUGUAUUUUUGAAUGGAGUAUUUAUUUAUUGUGAACCAAAAGGCAAGUGUUGAUUUUAGUGUUACAUUUCUUAAUUUACUAACUAGAUCGGUUGUCUUUUUGAGUGUUCACACAUAUCGUAUCAAAUGAAAAAAAUAGGAGAGAGGAUGACAAUAAUACUGCAUCUCAAGGCAUGUUAAUACUGUACAAGAUCUGUAAUAAAAGUGAAUUAUAAUA